AUGAAAAGUAUAGCUUUUCUGCCUCUGAAAAGGACUUCCCAUAGCGAGGCUCUCAUAAAGGAAGCAACAAAAGACACCCGAUGGGGGCCGACUACUGCGGAGUUGAACCAGCUAUCUCGGCUUUCAAACCACCCGCGCGACUUGGGUUCGAUCACCAAAGAAUUGUCCCGCAAACUGCGUUCCAAAAGCCCCAUCCAAAUUCACAAAGCGCUAUCGGUUGUGCUCUAUAUGUUACAGACCUCGUCAUCUGAGUUUGUUUCUUGGCUGACAAUGAAUCAAUAUUCGAUCAGAACCCUCAGGGAAUAUCAGAUAGAUACACGCCGAAAGCACGCCGAGGAUGCUCAACUCGCUUUCAACAUCCGCAACAAGGCAUCUGAAAUCCUCAGGUUGCUCGAAAACCGAGAGCUUUUGAGACAAAAACGUCAAGAAUUCAUAACUUUCAGAGAAGAAAUGAAAUUGCCAACUCCUCGAUCUUCCUUGGAUAUGCCAAGCCGGAGUUCAUUCACAGGUGAACGCAAUUGCAAAUCAUUGGAGAUAAAUAGAGCCGACCUUUUCCGUGAAUUGGAUGCCUAUUCGUCCUCAUCAGAUGAAGAAAGAGAACGUCGAGGAAGCAUGCUUAGUAAUAUCUUGGAGCUAGAAGAAGAAGUGAAUCAUUUUGAACCCAGGUCAAUGCGGAUUUGA